AUGCCACUCGAAUCACGCCGUCCAUCUCUAGCUAGCAUCCUCGUGGCUCGUUUUCUGCGAACAAAUAACUACACGCAGACUCUUGAGGCAUUCAUUCGAGAAGCGGGACUCCCGACCGACGCGGGGCACAUCAGCGGGGAAAAAGACGACUGGACGAUCGAGAGAGUGCUGGACGAGAAACGAGCUUUUGACCAGAGCGCGAACUUCGAGCGAUAUGGUGAUAGCGAAAAGGAAAACGAUGCCUGGAGCUCUCCCGGUGAGCAUAACAAUGUUGUACUUCACUCAGCCGUUACUGACCAAGCUCGCCCAGCACCUUCCAAGCCAACCAUCAUUCCAACUCCAACGCCUUGCAACAUUCUGGCUUGCUCUGUGCACCCCUGGAAACAUGGAGAUGCUCAGAAUUCACCGUCGUCAUUGUCUUCUUACAUCGUAGCCACCGGUGCGGAUAAGCAGCUUCAUCUUUUCAGCACCGCGCCAGGAUAUGGCGUCGUGCAAUCAUUUACCGAUCAUUCCGAGUCCCCUAUCCUAUCGUAUACGCCUAUUUUGAAUGGGGAAUACGCUCUCCUGACCAAUAUGUCAGGCCAAAUUCUUCUCCAACAUGGCUUAGAUAUCCUCGACCGUAGGAGGGACCACAGCAAAUACGUCGUGAAAGUGGCCGCAUUCGAAGACAACGACGACCCUCAUCCGGAUCCCGCCAAAACAAUAUGGAUCGCCACUGCUGGCUGGGAUUCCAAAGUCUUUUUAUACCGUCUCCGCACGGAAGCCGACUCCCAUCAUCUUCUUAACAUCGGUGAGCCCGUAGGACAUAUCACCCUGGCAUCGAACCCAGAAUCUUUGCUAUUUGUCCGACACGUAGAUUCCAAGGAACCGAUCUUACUGGUCUCUCGACGCGACUCGCCUCAUCUAUUCUACUAUCAGCUGCCACAGUCAAUCACCACCACCACCAUCACCACUAUCAGCAGUGCUCCGGAAGAGUGCAGGCUUCUCGGGAAACAGAACUUUGCGCCGCACUCGAACACCUGGGUGGCAUUCUCUCCCUCCUGUCUGGCCCUGAGUCCCCACGAUCCUGGCCUGCUUGCAGUGGCGACCUCUACAUUACCGCAUAUGAAGGUUAUUAUUGUACGACUGCUGUUCCCACCCACGGAGAGCUUCAAUCUUGACACCUCAGGUCCAGUGACGACUGGGUCGUCGGAACCCGAGGUGCAAGCUACGCAGGCCCUGGCGGCCUUGGCGCUCCAGAAUCGCGAAGAUGCAGCGAUCAUCAUUCAGGCGAAUACGUUUGCGCCGCAGACGGCCUACUCAACGCCGCAGGUCGUAUGGAGGCCUGAUGGAUCCGGGGUCUGGGUCAAUGGUGAUGAUGGCAUUAUCCGCGGAAUCGAGACGAAAACUGGUAAGGUUGUCUCCAUGCUCAAGGAUGGGCAUGAACCUGGCUGUAAGGUUCGGGCUAUCUGGGAUGGUUGGGUCGAUGUCCCACGGGAUGGAGAGGUGGUCAGGGAAGAGUGGUUGGUCAGUGGAGGCUUUGAUAAACGGCUGGUUGUUUGGAAAGGAGUUUGA